AGUGCCCAUGCGAGACUAUUAUGUAGGUAACAUCUAUAUCAUCUGGAUAUCCAACCCCUCCAGCACACAUUUAGAAACUAACUAGCUAACAUGUGUUUUCGUAGUGGUUUGGUGCCGAGGUAAUUAGCCCUCCAUUACCUUUUGGUGAUCACAAGGCACGCAAAGCCGUUCAAAAGGCUUGCGGUGUACUUCGUAAUAGCCUGCGUUGCCACAAGCCUAUGGAAUGCUCAACGGGAUUCCAUGUGCACCUAGGCCAUAAGCACGGAUGGAACUUAUUACAGGUUAAGAGAUUUGUAACGCUCUGGGUGCUGGUGGAGCCGAUUCUCAUACACCUUCAUAGGAAGGACCGCAUUGCGAUGGCGAAGUGGUGUCGCAAAUUAGAAGAGGGUACAUGCCUCGGACAGGCUCUCUUCCAUGCCGAUAGAAAUGUUCGUUAUAGGCAGGCUGGUUGUACACCACGUUCUAGCCCGGCCGAGAGAGCUCGUAAUAGAGAAAACAUGGCCGCUAACUGUGAGAUUUCGGGCGCCGACGCACGCAAAAGAGAAUUCCUUCACAACGUGUGGCAUUAUACGACAAUUAGCGAGUUGACGGAUGCUUUGGCCGGCGGCGAAGAUGAAGAGAACGACUUCGCCAGACCGUCUAUCCGAGUACGCAUACGAGGCUAUAAGAAGUCUGAAAAUCCGACUGUGAACAGCCCUGGGACGAUAGAAGUUAGAACGAUGCACGGAACGCUCGAUGCUGACCACAUACUUCAAUGGCUUGUUGUCUUGCAAAAGAUGCUGGACCUUUCGCGCAACGCUACGGCGGAAGUUUUUAAGGGCACAACAGGUCUCAUGGUACGUGCAUUAAACCGCACCGAUCAGAGAGUGUAUCAUGUACUACUCGGGCUUCAGAUCCAUCCAAGAACGGUACACUACUUCAUGAGCGAAACCAAUAGAGUUGGGGAUAAUACCCGUGACCAAGACUGGUGGGUAUAUCCAGAUGUGGAUAAAGUUGAUUGGCUUGAACCGUUCAUGGUUCCUGGGCACAGCGCAACGCAUGGGGCACAGUAUAACGUUCCAGUUUAGGAUGUUUGUAUUGUCUUGAGGUAUCGCGGCGAAUAUGAAAAGGUGAUGGAUAAUAAAUUAUCAUGUAACUACGAUGUAUCUUACUAUGUACACUAUACUAGUAUAUGAACCUUAAGCCUUAAACGUCAU